UUCCCCUUCCCUCCUCCCCUUCUCUCCUGCUCGCCCUGCCCAUGUUUUGUGUGUCUCUGUCCAUCCAGACUCCUGACGUUCAAGUUCGCAGGGACGUCACGUCCGCACUUGAACUUGCAGCUCAGGGGGGCUUUUGCCAUUUUUUUCAUCUCUCUCUCUUUCUCUCUCUCUCCCCCUCUAUCUCUCCUCUCUCUCUCUCUCUCUUUUUUUUUUUUUUUUUUGCUUAAAAAAAAAAAAGCCAUGACGGCUCUCCCACAAUUCAUCUUCCCUGCGCCAUCUUUGUAUUAUUUCUAAUUUAUUUUGGAUGUCAAAAGGCACUGAUGAAGAUAUUUUCUCUGGAGUCUCCUUCUUUCUAACCCGGCUCUCCCGAUGUGAACCGAGCCGUCGUCCGCCCGCCGCCGCCGCCGCCGCCGCCGCCCGCCCCGCAGUCCACCAUGUCUCGCCGCAAGCAAGGCAAACCCCAGCACUUAAGCAAACGGGAAUUCUCGCCCGAACCUCUUGAAGCCAUUCUUACAGAUGAUGAACCAGACCACGGCCCUUUGGGAGCUCCAGAAGGGGACCAUGACCUCCUCACGUGUGGGCAGUGCCAGAUGAACUUCCCAUUGGGGGACAUUCUUAUUUUUAUCGAGCACAAACGGAAACAAUGCAAUGGCAGCCUCUGCUUAGAAAAAGCUGUGGAUAAGCCACCUUCCCCUUCACCAAUCGAGAUGAAAAAAGCAUCCAAUCCCGUGGAGGUUGGCAUCCAGGUCACGCCAGAGGAUGACGAUUGUUUAUCAACGUCAUCUAGAGGAAUUUGCCCCAAACAGGAACACAUAGCAGGUAAAGAUGAGCCCAGCAGCUACACAUGUACAACUUGCAAACAGCCAUUCACCAGUGCAUGGUUUCUCUUGCAACACGCACAGAACACUCAUGGAUUAAGAAUCUACUUAGAAAGCGAACACGGAAGUCCCCUGACCCCGCGGGUUGGUAUCCCUUCAGGACUAGGUGCAGAAUGUCCUUCCCAGCCACCUCUCCAUGGGAUUCAUAUUGCAGACAAUAACCCCUUUAACCUGCUAAGAAUACCAGGAUCAGUAUCCAGAGAGGCUUCCGGCCUGGCAGAAGGGCGCUUUCCACCCACUCCCCCCCUGUUUAGUCCACCACCGAGACAUCACUUGGACCCCCACCGCAUAGAGCGCCUGGGGGCGGAAGAGAUGGCCCUGGCCACCCAUCACCCGAGUGCCUUUGACAGGGUGCUGCGGUUGAAUCCAAUGGCUAUGGAGCCUCCCGCCAUGGAUUUCUCUAGGAGACUUAGAGAGCUGGCAGGGAACACGUCUAGCCCACCGCUGUCCCCAGGCCGGCCCAGCCCUAUGCAAAGGUUACUGCAACCAUUCCAGCCAGGUAGCAAGCCGCCCUUCCUGGCGACGCCCCCACUCCCUCCUCUGCAAUCCGCCCCUCCUCCCUCCCAGCCCCCGGUCAAGUCCAAGUCAUGUGAGUUCUGCGGCAAGACGUUCAAAUUUCAGAGCAACCUGGUGGUGCAUCGGCGUAGCCACACGGGCGAGAAGCCCUACAAGUGCAACCUGUGCGACCACGCGUGCACACAGGCCAGCAAGCUGAAGCGCCACAUGAAGACGCACAUGCACAAGUCGUCCCCCAUGACGGUCAAGUCCGACGACGGCCUCUCCACCGCCAGCUCCCCGGAACCCGGCACCAGCGACCUGGUGGGCAGCGCCAGCAGCGCGCUCAAGUCCGUGGUGGCCAAGUUCAAGAGCGAGAACGACCCCAACUUGAUCCCGGAGAAUGGGGACGAGGAGGAAGAGGAGGACGACGAGGAAGAGGAAGAAGAGGAGGAAGAGGAGGAGGAGGAGCUGACGGAGAGCGAGAGGGUGGACUACGGCUUCGGGCUGAGCCUGGAGGCGGCGCGCCACCACGAGAACAGCUCGCGGGGCGCGGUGGUGGGCGUGGGCGACGAGGGCCGUGCCCUGCCCGACGUCAUGCAGGGCAUGGUGCUCAGCUCCAUGCAGCACUUCAGCGAGGCCUUCCACCAGGUCCUGGGCGAGAAGCAUAAGCGCGGCCACCUGGCCGAGGCCGAGGGCCACAGGGACACAUGCGACGAAGACUCGGUGGCCGGCGAGUCGGACCGCAUAGACGAUGGCACUGUUAACGGCCGCGGCUGCUCCCCGGGCGAGUCGGCCUCGGGGGGCCUGUCCAAAAAGCUGCUGCUGGGCAGCCCCAGCUCGCUGAGCCCCUUCUCCAAGCGCAUCAAGCUCGAGAAGGAGUUCGACCUGCCCCCGGCCGCGAUGCCCAACACGGAGAAUGUGUACUCGCAGUGGCUCGCCGGCUACGCGGCCUCCAGGCAGCUCAAAGAUCCCUUCCUUAGCUUCGGAGACUCCAGACAAUCGCCUUUCGCCUCCUCGUCGGAGCACUCCUCGGAGAACGGAAGCUUGCGCUUCUCCACGCCGCCCGGGGAGCUGGACGGAGGGAUCUCGGGGCGCAGCGGCACGGGAAGUGGAGGGAGCACGCCCCAUAUUAGUGGUCCGGGCCCGGGCAGGCCCAGCUCAAAAGAGGGCAGACGCAGCGACACUUGUGAGUACUGUGGGAAAGUCUUCAAGAACUGUAGCAAUCUCACUGUCCACAGGAGAAGCCACACGGGCGAAAGGCCUUAUAAAUGCGAGCUGUGCAACUAUGCCUGUGCCCAGAGUAGCAAGCUCACCAGGCACAUGAAAACGCAUGGCCAGGUUCUUCACACACCCCCGUUCGGCGUAGUACCCAGAGAGCUCAAGAUGUGUGGCAGUUUUCGGAUGGAAGCUCGAGAGCCCUUAAGUUCUGAGAAAAUUUGAACCCCCAGGGGCGGGGUGGACGCGUGCCGCCCAGCCGACAUCUGCGUGGUCUGUCAUCCUGCUAGUUUGUGAUGUUUUCUGACAGUAGCCUCCAAGAAGCCGUUGUGCGAAGACAGAGUCCUGCAGUGUCCUUCCUGCCCGGGCCUGCAGUGCCAUUUUAUUUAUAUUUUUUAAUAAAAAGUAAAAACAAAAAAACAGACCCACAUUGGAACAGUGAAUCAGUCCCAUAUUGAGGGCCCAUGGACCAUCGCUGUCCUGAGUGCCGUCCUGGCCCUUCUGAGACCAGCCAACCUAAUUCCCCGUAUUGUGGAAAUGAGCAUGAGUCCCCCAGACCCCUUGUUUCUAUACAUUCUAUGUUGUCUUUUAAAAA